AUGACACGGCGCCCCGCUGUUGCGCACUGCGGAGCACCGCGCGGCCGCCCCCGGACCCCCCUCCCGGGCUUCCCCCGGCCUCCCUCGGGUCCCCCCCGGGCUUCCCCCGGACCUCCCCCGGAGCACCUCGCGGCCUCCCCCGGGCCCCCCCCGCGGAGCACCUCGCGGCCUCCCCCGGACCCCCCCGGGCUUUCCCCGGACCCCCGGCCUCCCUCGGGCCCCUCCCCCCCGCGGAGCACCUCGCGGCCUCCCCCGGGCUUCCCCCGGCCUCCCCCGGGCCCCCCCCGCGGAGCAUCUCGCGGCCUCCCCCGGACCUCCCCCCGGACCCCCGGCCUCCCUCGGGCCCCCCCCACGGCCUCCCACGGACCCUCCCCCCGAGCACCGCGCGGCCGCCCCCGGCCCCCCCCCGGCCUGCCCCGGCCCCCUCCCACCGGUCUUCCCCCGGACCCCUCCCCGCGGAGCACCGCGCGGCCGCCCCCGGCCUCCCCGCCACCCGCAGCCCCUGACGCACGCGCGCCCCGACCCCCGCCGCCCCGCCCCGCACUCGGGCCCACGCAGCGGACGGCCGCGAGCCCCAGGGCCCAGCCGCAGAGCCCGGGCGGAGCGGGAGCGGCCGACGGCCCCGAGGGACGCGGGGGCGCUCGGCGGGAGGGAGGCGCGGGCCCCGGGGCAGCCCGGCCGCGGGACUCCCGGUGCUCCGCCCCCACCCCCGGCCCCGGCCCGCGCACACCCCGGACGCGGCCCCGCGGACGCGCGACGGCCCCUGACCCCGGGGUGUCGGUCGGGCUGGCUGGGCGCGGGGCCGCCCGCCUCUGCUCCCCGCCGGCCGCGCGCCCGCAGCGGGAUCCAGCCCGGGAGCUGAGACCGCAACUGCGGCGCGGACGCCGGUCGCACGCCCGGCGGGGCUGGAGCGGCUCGAAGGGACUCCGGCCCCGGCUCCCCUGCGACCGCGGCCGCGGAGCACCCGGGAGGGCGCCCGGGCCCCGGGUUCUGCUUCACCCCGACCUCCCGGUCCCGCCCCAGCAAGCGCCCCCGGGCCCCGCCAGGCGCCUGCAGCCGCCUCCUCGGGGCACGCGGGCGAACGUGCGCUCCACGAGGCUGCGGAAGUUCCCGCCGGGCGCCCGGCUCCCCGCCCCGCACGGCCGCCGCGGGCCCCACUCACCGCUCCCGCCGCCGGGAUCCCGGCCCCGCUCGCUCCCCGGGCCGCCUCCGUCCGCCCCUCUCGCCGGCAGCGCGCGGACUGGCGACUCCGCCGAGCGUGUCAGCGGCGAAGGGAGGGGCGGGAAAGUGCUCGGGCGGGCGCGCCGCGGCCCUCCCCGCCCGCUCCCGCCCCCGCCCCACCCCCGCCGUGCUGCAGUGCCGGCCGCCGCGGGGCGGGACUGUAACUCUGCGUGCGCCCGGGGACGGCGCCCUAGUGUGGUCCCGCGACACCACCGGGAGUCCUGCGCGCUGACCUCGCGGGCGCCCGGCACCCAGGUUUGCCCCCUCCGGGCCCGGGCCGACCCGUUGACGCCAGCGGGCUCCGCGGCGCACCUGGCCGCCGAGCUGACCAGCGCCCCCCCGCGUCCACACUGGCAGACGAGUCGAGUGGACACGUGGGGAGCAAACUUUGCUGGGCGUCUGAGGGCUCCCUAG